AUGCUGCCUAAGUUCAACCCCAAUGAGAUCAAAGUCGUGUGCCUGAGGUGCACAUGUGAUGAAGCCAGUGACACACCUGCCUGUCCCCCAAGGUCAGCCCCCUGGGCCCAGACUGAAGUGGUACCUUCUGCCUCUGCCCUCAUCAUCAAAGCCCUCAAGGAACCGCCAAGAGACAGAAAGAAACAGAAAAACAUUAAACACAACGGAAAUAUCAAUGAGAUUGUCAACAUUGUCAGACAGAUGGGGCACCAAUCUUUAACCAGAGAACUCUCUGGAACCAUUAAAGAGAUCCUGGGGAUGGCCCAGUCUGUGGGCUGCAAUGUUGAUAGCUGCCACCCUCAUGACAUCAUAGAUGACACCAACAGUGGUGUCAUGGAAUGCCCAGCUAGUUAA